AUGGCCGACAAGACCCGCAACGACGCCGAAUCGCUCCCGACCCACGAGGAGAAGCGCAAGAAGAGGAUGAAAUGGGCCGUCUACAUCGCCGCCUUCGCCGUGUUCCAGGUCGCGGUGAUCCUCGUCUUCGUCCUCGUCGUCAUGAAGGUGCGGACGCCCAAGUUCCGGGUCGGCGAUCUCCAGAUCCAGAGCUUGUACACGGCCCAGACGCCGUCCUUCAACGCGACCUUCCUCGCGCCCAUCCGAGUCAAGAACAACAACUUCGGGCCCUACAAGUACGACGCCACCACCGUCAACUUCAUCUGCGGCGGCGUCCAUGUGGGCAACGUGACGAUCCCCAAGAGCAAGGCCAACUUCAUGUCCACCAAGAAGAUCGACUUGAACGUGACUCUGAGCUCCGGGGCUUUGCCCAGCAGCGCUAAUUCGACUCUGAGCUCCGGAGUCCUGACCCUGAUGAGCGAGGCCACGCUGAGCGGGAAGGUGGAGGUGAUGAUCAUCUUCAAGAAGAAGAAGUCGACGAAGAUGAACUGCACGAUGGAGAUCAACGUCUCCGCCAAGACGCUCACGUCCGUGGACUGUAAAUGA